GCUGUUGAAAGUGGCAGAAACCAGAGGAAACUAGUCACGAAAACCCUGACUCUCAGCUGAUAGAUUUUUUUCCUGAUAACUGCCACUCCUACUUUUUUCCAGACUAGAAGAGGGUUUCAGGAGCAAACCAGCAGCCAAAGCUGCUUCAGCCCAAAUUGACUGGGAUCUCUUUCCCCAUGCUUGAGGGCGCCGAGUUCUACUUUAACGUGGACCAUGGCUACCUGGAAGGCCUGGUGCGAGGGUGCAAAGCCAGCCUCCUGACCCAGCAGGACUACAUCAACCUGGUCCAGUGUGAGACCCUGGAAGAUGUGAAAAUUCAUCUCCAGACCACUGACUAUGGCAACUUCUUGGCUAAUGAAACAAAUCCACUUACUGUUUCCAAAAUUGACACGGAGAUGAGGAAAAAGCUAUGCAGAGAAUUUGAAUACUUCCGGAAUCAUUCCCUGGAACCCCUGAGCACAUUUUUUACCUACAUGACGUGCAGUUACAUGAUAGACAAUGUGAUCCUACUGAUGAAUGGUGCAUUGCAAAAAAAAUCUGUGAAAGAAAUUCUGGCCAAGUGCCACCCUUUGGGCCGUUUCACAGAAAUGGAAGCAGUCAACAUUGCGGAGACACCUUCUGAUCUCUUUAAUGCUGUUCUGGUGGAAACACCACUAGCUCCAUUCUUUCAAGACUGUAUGUCUGAAAAUACCCUUGAUGAACUGAAUAUUGAAUUACUGCGCAACAAACUGUACAAAUCUUACCUCGAGGCAUUCUAUAAAUUCUGUAAGAAUCAUGGUGAUGUCACAGCAGAAAUCAUGUGUCCCAUUCUUGAGUUUGAGGCUGACAGGCGUGCUUUUAUCAUCACUCUUAACUCCUUUGGCACUGAACUGAGCAAAGACGACCGGGAGACCCUCUACCCGACCUGUGGCAAGCUCUAUCCUGAAGGGUUGCGCCUUUUGGCUCAAGCUGAAGACUUUGAUCAGAUGAGGAGAGUAGCAGAACAUUAUGGGGUAUACAAGCCUUUGUUUGAGGCUGUGGGUGAUGGCAGUGGAGGAAAGACAUUGGAAGAUGUGUUUUAUGAGCAUGAGGUACAAAUGAACGUGCUGGCAUUCAACAGGCAGUUCCACUAUGGCGUGUUUUACGCAUACACAAAGCUGAAGGAACAAGAAAUGAGAAAUAUUGUGUGGAUAGCAGAAUGCAUUUCACAAAGACAUCGAACUAAAAUUAACAGUUACAUUCCAAUUUUAUAAGCCAGUGUGGAGCUUCCAAUGCAGAACAUCUUAAUUAUUAAGAAGAGGUUCCAAGGAAAUUAAAAAUUGUGUUAUAUUCUCCGGGUUACACAAAAAUAAUUUGCACUGCAGCUUCAUGAGUUGCAGAUCCACUAGGAACAUAGUAAACCAACAGAAACAAAGUGAUUCUUUUUUUUUUUUCCAGCAGCCUUAAAUUGUUUUCCACAUUUAUGUCUCACUCUUUUACCAGACCUUAGACAUUAGUUCUAAUUAACCUUAUGGUACUUUCCCUAUUUUUGUUUAGUUGUAUUAACAAUUAGAUCUAAUUAAAGUGUUUUACUCUUGC